AGGUGUAUACGUGUAUAUAUGUGUAAUUAUUACGCAUACAUAUAAUACAUAUAUGUGUAGGAAAAUAAAAUGUGAAUUCGUUUUGUGUGUUAUAAAUGUAAAAUAUAAGUUUCCAAAUAGAAAAUUAAUUAUUUGACAGAACUACAUUAUAAUUUUUAUUUGAUCUAAUAUAUCAAGGUUUGUGUACACGUAUCAGAAAGCCACGUUGGCCACGUUGGCCUGUUGAUAGUUCCCUAUCAUUCAGUUCAUUUCUUGUUCUCUGAUCGUCUCUGUAAUACAUCUUCUUAAAAUAUUUUUCAUUCGUCAGAAGAAAUUAGUUCCAAGUGAAACAAUUCAAUAAGUGUUUAUAGUAUUUUCAAAUUAAAUUAUAAAGAAAACAGGAUGUGGAGAAUACUUUUGCUCGGUUUGACUGGUUUCGUGUCUGCUCAAGAAAUUGACGAUGACGAGGUUGUCGUUAGUGAUGAGCCUGAAAAUAAAAUUCCCAGUCCACAAGAUCUUCUGAAAAUGUUAAAUUCAAUGGGACUAUCAGAGGAAGAAAAAAACAAAUUACGUGAAGAUAUAAUGAAAUCUCAAGGUGGUCACGUCGAGUCUGAUUCUGAUACUGUGGAGGCCUACACGUCGUCUGCCUUUUUUUCACAAACUGUUGUUCUUCUGCUUUUGUUGUCCGUUAUUACUUCGAUAUUUGUUUUCUUUGGCUACAAACUAUAUAAAAGUUUGUCCGACCGAGAGAGAAAACGAGAAGAAAAGAAGAAAAUGAAGCAAUUGAAGAAGAAGAAGUAGAAAAAGAACGCCAACAAAUGAAAUAACGAAGAAU